AUGGGGGAGGAGGUGGCUUGGGGCUCAGGCGGGGCCACAGGCCGCUUUCAGGAAGUACUGCUGAGUGGGGGCAGCAAAGUGCUGCAGCAGGCGACAGAAUUCCUAGGGGAGGGACCCAAGCCUUUGCGUUUCCUUUGUUUUGUUGGGGGCCUCAUGACAGUCCUAACCUCUGGCCUAGCCUGCAUUAACAUUUUCUCGUUUCUUUCGGAGCCCUCGAACUACAUCCUGCAGCUGUACCUGAUUUUGUUCGGGAUGCUGACGAUGGCCGUUGAGGCCAAAGACAUUCCGCCUUUGGAAAGGAUGAGGCCCUGCUUCUUUUCCUGGUUCCGAUUCCUUACUGUUCCAGGAGGGAAGGGCUGCUUUUAUAUUUUUUACGGAUCGUUGUCUCUGUCCUUGUGGAGAAGCUCUUUCGUCCUAGCCCUUGUCGGCAUAUACACAGCCAGCAUGGGUGUUGUAUGCAUUCUCGUACACUUUGGUAUGCGACAAGAGCUGCAACAACACGGGAUAAGCGUAUCGGAGGGCCCCGGAGAUGAGGCACCCUUGGGCCGGCCCAUUGGACCCGACCAAAUCACCCCACCGGCCUUUUAA